AUGCUUGGUGCAUUGUUUCAAAUUGAAAAAGUAAAUGAAGAUAAAAAGGAAAGAAUAUGGGUGGCUCAUCUAUCAUUAACAGGCGAAGAUGAUUUUCAUUUGAAAGAAACAUUUUCUUACGUGAAAAACACAAUUGGUGACGAUACUGAUUUGGAUUCUCUCGGGAAAAUUCUAUUCGAGAUGGAUGAAUAUGAACAAGCACACAAAUGCUAUAGAAGAAUGUUGGAUGAAACGCAACUUGCUAGUGGAAAUGCAGCAUUAGGUUUGGGUAAGGCAUGUCUUCGAUGCAUUGGGACUGACGAAAGUCUUGAGCAUUUGGAAGAAGCAUUACAUAUAAGACAACGUCUUUUGGGACACGAUCAUGCAGACGUUGGAGAGUGUUAUACUUGGAUCGGAGCGCUGCACUGGUACGUGAGAAAAGAUUAUGAUCAAGUAUUAUCCAAUCUUAAAAAGGUAGUCGAAAUUCAAGAAGCAACACUUCCGUCAGCUUCUCUUGCUCUCGCCAGCACUUACCAUAACAUAGCGGCCGCAUACAGAUGCAUGGAACAAUAUGAUUUGGGUCUAGAAUAUUAUAGAAAAGCUCUCGAGAUUCGAGAAAAAGUUUUACCUAGUAAUCAUUCACAGAUUGUGGGAACGUACUAUAAUCUAGCAUCACUAUAUGACAGUAAAGGAAAUUAUUCAAAAGCACUAGAAUACUUGGAAAAAUCAAUGGACAUUAAGCGCAAAAUUUUACCACCUACUCAUGAGGAACUUAUUCUAAAUGAAGAUAGUAUUCGUAGAGUGAAAAAUAAAAUGAAGAAAUAG